AUGGGACAUAGUACAUCCAUCGGCGAGGAAACGGGUAUAUGGAGCGCGGAUUCCUUUCAGGGCUUACCUGAAGCCGCUUCAGCAGAUAAGCAGGGAACAGCUCGGGUCGGUGUAGCCGGAGAUAUGCAGACUAAUGAAGACACGUUUUGGCAUAACUUAGAUGAGGCUGGGUUUCCAAAAGACUCAGAGAGGGUUGUCUUGCUGAGAGAGUGGUUUAAUGAGACAUUACCAAGUGCGCCGGUGAAGCAGACAUCCUUUUUGAGAUUAGAUGGUGACAGGUAUGUUUCUACAAUCGAUGCUCUAGUUGCUCUGUACGACCGAGUAUCAGACGGCGCACCUGUAUACGUAAACGACUAUGGCUCCUUUAAUGGAUGCAAGGUCGCGGUCACUGAGGAACAAACCUCAGAAACUCCAGGUGCAUUCAAGGCCGAUCACGAUGAUAGAGAGGAAUUAAUUCAAAACACACAAGCCAAUGACGAGCAAGAUGACGACAAGCUACCUCUAGUCAUUCCCUUGAUUGUCAAGAUGAGAAUCACCUUCAAAGAACAACAACCAACACCCUUUCCAAUGGCCUCAAGCAAUAGUAAUAAUAGUAGCAAUGGUGCUUUAGCUAGUAUUCCUGUUAGCAAUCCAUCUCGCGAAGAACCUAUAUGGGGUCUCAAUGUCAUGAAGGAGGCUGCAUCAGAUAAACCUAUAGAAUCAACACCUAAUCCAGACUCUACCGCUGUCAAAUCAACUCCCAUGACAGAAGACGAACGAGGCAUCGCUGCACCGAUAUCAGAAGCAUGUGGUGGAACCGCUUCCAAUACGAUCAUAACCUCAUUACCAAUACUCGCUGAAAAUGGCACUCUUCGUCCUGAGGAACCAACUCUCGACGAAUACAACAAGGUGCUACGUGGUAUUGGCUGGAAGGAAGGGGAAAGAUUGGGUAAACCCAAGACAGUCGUUGCACCUAUACUAUCAGCUAGACGGCCGGCCUUGCUGAGAUUAGGUGCCAAACCUCCGCCGAUGAUAGAAAACAAGACAGAUAAGAAGAGAAUACCAAAGCCCAAUGUGUAUAAACCUGAAUUGAUACUCCUCCACCACCGGCAUUGCCUAGAAGGAAUUGAUCAGGACCCUGACUCGAUUUUAGAUUUCAGGAUUGAUGACAAAGUAGUCUGUAAAGCUGGAAAGAAUGAGGGUGAUAUCGGCUACAAAAUAGAAAAGGAGGAUAGUAGCGGUGAAUUGCAAUCCAAAGUAGAUUUGAAUAAUGGUGAUGUCGUCAAAGCAUACUCGGACGAAGUGAAACUCUACUCCAAAUCCACUAAAGGAGCGUCUGAUUAUCGGGAUUCACCUUCUAAACAACAUCAAAAUCGAGUCUUCCAACCAAAGUGGCUUCAAGACGUGAUACCAGGUCAAGGUGCUAUUGUAAAGACUUCUCGUGGAGAUAUAGUAGAUCAUAUCGUAGAUAAACACGUGGAAACCUAUGUGCCAUCAGCUGGGAAGGCUGUCGUAGACCAUGAUAUCGAAAUCAAUGUCUGUAGAAACAGAGAUCGCGUGGAACUAAUCAUGUCACAUGCACAGUACGUUCUGAAUCUGACGGACCUGCAGUAUAUUAGCAUACAGGAAUCCGUUGCUGAUUUGCUGUGA